AUGUCCCUCCCUCGAGCUUCAGAUUCCUUUCGUCGACUGCCACGGCUAUCCUCGCAAUUCCAGCAAUCGCGACCCGUCACCGUCCCCCACAAAUUCGCACCUACCCACCAAGACAACACCACCAGCACAACCCUUAAACCAACACGAUCCUUUCAUUCCACGCCUCAUCUCUCCGCCGCCCGCCGCUCCCCAACCGUCCGUCGAGCCGAAGCAUCUCGAACCCGCAUUGCAUCCUCGCCCCCAAUCUACAACGCACCAGUGAGAGGAGUCAAGGAUGGCCGUCAUCAAUUUCUCGAGGAACACGGCAUACAGUUAUGGGCCGAUGCGCAGAGGGCUGGGUUAAUCCCAAAUGCAGUGGAUCAACAAGUCUUCAUGCGUGUGGGGUCUGCGCUUCUUGACAAGGCGUAUACACAGGCACCGUCGCGAGAAGCGAUUCGGGAGAUUCAUGAUGACCCCGACCUCACCUUCAACGUCGGCCAAGUCGUCUCCAUCGGCGACCCCAGGUUCCGCGAAUGGGUCGUAACAGCCUGCACCCUCGCAGAAGCCCGUUUUGCAACCAUCAUAUCCGCAACUCGAUUCCUCGAUAAAGCUACAACAGCCCCGAAAUUAUCAAUCGCCCUCAACAGAAUUGAAUACUUAGCCCUGCAAGUGCGCGAUCCCGUCUCGAUGACCUUGCACGCACGAGUACUCAUCCUCCGCGAGCAAUACAACGAGGCGCUAGCAUUGAUAGAAGAAGUAAUGCGGGUUAUCCGUCCGGUUACUACUUCGCGACCUAGUCAGGAUAAGCAUUUUCCGUUGGACUUGGCUCCGUGGAAUGUUUAUGAGGAGGUCAACAGGAAGAUGGGGAAUGACGAUGCGGCAGAUAAGGCUGUUGAAACGGCUGCGCGGGAGUAUCACGAUCCGCAGGCAUUGUUUAGGCUCGCUGGGAGGCAUAUGAAGGAUGGUGAUUUGGAGAAUUACGAGGCAUGCAUGAGCAAGGCUGCUUCUACUGGUAAUGCUGAUGCGUGUAGGAAGUUGGCCAAUUUCUACUACCUGACUUGUCUGGGUCAUUAUCCGCGACGCGGGGAGGAUGCCACGGAACAGAAACUGCGGCAGCAGCAAGAGCAGCAGAAGAAAAGCUGGAUAUCCUCCUUUUUCGGCCGCAUGCUCUCUCCAGACGACUAUCUCAAUCUUGCGCGCGAAUGGUAUGAACUUGCAUGCACCCAUGGCAGCCACGAUGCGGCUCUGACGAUGUCUUUGCUGCUGCGACUAGAUGGGAAGUUUGAUUUUGGAAAACAAUAUCUCGAGAUGGCCGCGCAGAAGCCGGGUCUUGCGUCCGCAAUUCGGGGGUAUAGGGUUAAUUGGCAUAACAAGGAGCUCACUAUGAAUGUUGACUUGAAGCGGCUUGAUGUUUAG